AUGCUUUUCAAGAAUCUUGUGUAUUUGGUGUUCGUUGCAACAUGUCUGAUCUCGAAGACAGAUACUGGAUUGCACGAGAUCCUCCGAUGCUUAGUUUCUCUCGUGGUGGCUUGCAUCCUAUUUCUUUUCAUUAGACUAGUCAUGGCCGCCUUGUCGAGACAGCGCUUGAUCGUACACAAUCCCCUCGUGAAACCAGAAUUCUUAGGCAGGCCUCUUCUCUUUCCAGCCAAAUUGUCCCAUGCACGCAGGUUCCCUGUAGUUGAACGAUACAAUUACUGGUAUGACUACUUCAUGGUAGGAAUUCCAGUGGGGUUUCGCGGUCGCAUCGGAAAUCUCAUCUCUAUUGACAACCAUCCAACGUCGGAGAGCAUUUUGGAGAAAUGCUGGUUCACCAUCGACCCGGCCAGGUAUCUCGAGCCGGGGAGUAGUGACCUAACGCUCGAGGAGAAAUUGCAUAUCUUCCUAACUAACCUAGGCGAGAAUCCUAAGGAAUUUCCAUACGCUUACAUGCUCAGUGUCCCGCAAUUCUUAUGGUGGCAGAAAUUCGUUAUAACCUACUGGUAUCUCUACUCACCAGCGCGGGAGCUGACUGCAAUGAUUAUGGAGGUCAAUAAUUCUUUCUAUGAGAGGAGAAACAUAUUCUUCCGCUUGUCUCAGGAUGGCAUGCCUGUUUAUGAGCCUCCACACCCUCCCUCGACAAUAGUAGCCUCAGCCAAGGGGGUUAGCGAGUCGGUAACUCUCCACUCUCUCUCCUCCGCUUCGAGGAAAAGAUACUACAAAGGAUAUUAUGAUAAAGAAUUUUUUGGUUCUCCUUUCGAAAAGGUGGGAGGUCAUAUACUUUCAAAGACUGUGGACAUUCUCCAAGGGCCGUCCCUCGAGUCCACGUUGAGCUCCAACGACCCAGAUGGACAGGUGAAAGUCACAAGUCGUCUCGCGUCCUGGGGUGACCCCGUCGACCCUCUUACGGCCAGUGGCUGGACUAUUGCUCGGUUCAUUGCUCGAUGGACACAUGUUGGGGUGAUAUCUACGCCGCGGAUAAUCAAGGAGGCUUUGCGAAUUCGCUUUCGUGGCAAUUUGGAGUACCUACAAAGACCUGAGGUCCACCCUGGGUCGAAUCCACGAAAGGAGACUAAUGUCGAAAGAUCUUUGGAACCAUUCUUCCGCGAAUAUCUUUCUCAGCUCGCCGCCCAUUGUACAUUUCCCUUGUGCAUCCAAUAUAUACCCUCAAGAUCGAAAAACUUCGAUCGCCUUACCUUCAACUCUCCCAUUCCCCCAGCGUCCCAUCCUAGACCCGUUCUAAAAAUCGAGACCUUGACUCCACGAUUCUAUACCUCCAUUACAGAGCACCCAGACGCCAAAUCAGCCUUCGCCAGAGAAACAGCAGUGCGUCCCACAAAUUCGGACCCAAACUCCCGCUACCUCAGUGUAUCGGAUACCUCCCUUCUAGAUAAACUACUUGCUACUUCAGGCUCGUCUAUAGAGGCGAGCUUGAACAAAGCCAGCAAGUCCAUAUCGAAGGAUCAGACAGACCAAGAUGGGAUAGCAACAGCACUUCUUCGACUCAUGAUUUCGAAGGUGCGCGGCUCUCCUCAUGAGACACUCAUCGAUCGAUUUGUCUUUCAAGACCACGGUCGGUUUUCCCCAGCCCAACGACGGACCUACCUAUUCAGUGUAUUGCAUUAUCAAUUGUCGCUUCGUCUUCCCAUUGAGUCUCAGGCCAUGGUAAUGCUCGGUUUCAUCACCGCCCGUGCAAUGAUAGUUGGCGGUCUUUUGGAUGCUUUCUACAGUCUCUGGGCGCGGGAAGGUCUCGCAAACUGGGUUUGUGACGAGGUGGGCAUAACUCCUGUUAAGGGCGCUUUGGCGUUUGCGGGUUGGGACAUGACCAACAACUAUAUCGGGCAUUUUUAUGUGAACCCAUUUGCUUGGGGGGAGGGUCUGUAAGAUGCCAAGUCCGGUAGGCAG